AUGGGAAGUAAGAAUGAAUCUUAAAUUUCUUAGAUCUAUGUGGAUAAGAAAGGCAAGAGCCUACUUAAACGAUGUAAUCUAAAAUCAAAUAUGAUGGGAAAAUUGGAAAUCUGUAACUAUAAGUAAUUUAAGGAGAUGUUUUAUCAGAGAAGGCAAAUGCUUUUUGUAACAUAUAAUUAUAUAAUUUUUAAGUAAACGUUGCAAAUGAUCCAUACAGUACAUAAAUAAUAAGGAACAUAAGAGAAAUAAAAAAAUUAACAUGUAUUAUAAUUUUUCUAUAUUUAAGUAAAAAAUGGUGUUCCAUAAUUAAUAAAUAUUGAUUAAAGCAAUAUUGAUUUUAUUAUUAUGCUCAAAAUGUGUGAAGAUUAUGUAAUAUAAAUAAUUUUUAUAUUUAGGAAGUUGAUUAUUAAAAUUAAAGAAAAGAAGGUUUUCUAGCUUCCUUCUAGUUAGCAAAUGAAAAAAAUCUAAAAAUAUUAUCUUUUACAGAUCCUCCUUAAUAACUUACUUAAAAAAGGGAAGAUGAUUAUUAUAUUGAAUUAUUUUUAUCAGCAUUAUUGAAGCAUAAAAAAACUUAAUAAAAUUGUUAAAUUGAAAGCAUUAAAUUGAUAAACUUAGAGGUCAAUCUAUCAAAUGUAUAUAUUAAGACAAUAAAUAAAUACAUGUUGAAAUUAUAAAAGAGUGAAUAGGAACAAAACUAAUAAUAAGAAGAAAAAAUAAUAACUUAGAAAACAGAAGAAUUUUAAGAAGAGACUUAACAAAUAUAAUAAAGUUAAGAAUUAAAUAAAAAUACUUAAGUAGUUAAAGAAUAAUCUGAAUAAAUUAAUGGCUAAAUUAUAGAGGAAACGAAUAAUGAAAAUAAAUAAGAUGUUCAUGUAUAAUUAGAGACUGAAUAAAUUUAGCAAAUUGUAGAAUAAAAUUAAAAUACAUAAAUAGUUUAAGAAUAAUCAGAAAAAAUUAGUGUAUAAAAAAUAUUCGAGACGAAUAAUUAAAUUGCAUAAGUAGUUUCAGAAUAAGAAUAUAAUUAAAAAAUAUAACAAAAUAUAGAAUCAAAUAAAGAUACCGAAAUAGUUUAAGAAUAAUCUGAAUAAAAUAAUAUUUAAUAAAUAGUAGAAACGAAUAAUGAAAUUUAAUAAGAAGUUCUAGAAAAUUUAAAAUCAAAAUAAGUUGAAACUAACGUUGAAAAAAAAGAAGAAACAAAUGAUAAAAUUAAAUAAGAAGUGUAUGUCUAAUAAGAGACUUAACAAAAUGAAAAAAAUAAAGAAUUAAAUAAAGAUAACGAAGUAGUUUAAAAAUUAUCUGAAUAAACUAAUGAUUCACAAAUAGAAGAAUCUAUUACUGAAAUUAAAUAAAAAGUUCAAGAAAAUUUAUAAUCAAAAUAAGAUAAUGAAGCAUUUUAAGGAUAAUUUGAAUAAACUAAUAUUGAGUAAAUAAAAGAACCAAAUAAAGAAAUUUUAUAAGAAAUUCAUGUAUAAUAAGAGAUCAAACAAAUUGAAAAAAAUAUAGAAUAAAAUAAUGAUAAUGAAGCAGCUUAAGAAUAAUCUGAAUAAAAUAAUAUUUAAAAAAUAGAAGAAACAAUUAAUGCGAUCAUAUAGGACGUUCCUUAAUAAGAAGACGCAUAAAAAAUUUAACAGAAUAUAGAAUUAAAUAAAGAUAACGAAGUAAUUUAAGAAUAAUCUGAAUAAACUAAUGAUUAACAAAUAGAAGAAUCCAAUACUGAAAUUAAAUAUGAAUUUCAAGAAAAUUUAUAAUCAAAAGAAGAUAAUGAAACAAAUUAAGGAUAAUUUGAAGAAACUAAUAUUGAGAAAAAAGACAAAACUAAUAUUGAGAAAAAAGAAGAAACUAAUGAUGAAACAAAAUAAGAAGCUCAUGUUUAGUUAGAAUCUAAGCAAAUUUAACAAAAUUUAGAACUAAAUAAAGAUGCUGAAGUCGUUUAAGAUUAAUCUGAAUAAACUAAUGAUUAACAAAUAGAAGAAUUUAAUACUGAAAUUAAAUAAGAAGUUAAUAUAUAAUAAGAGACUUAAUAAAUCGAAUAAAAUAUAGAAUAUAAUAAAGAUACUGAAGUAGUUUAAGAUUUGUCUGAAAAAAUAGAAUAAGAAAUUCAAAGCAAUGAGCAAAAUUGA